UGGUGGUAUAGAGAAUGUGAUAGAAGUACUUUUUAAUUCAUUCAUCAAAAAAAUCAAAAUAAUUAAGUUUGUUAAAAAAAUUUGUAUUACAACUUUUUAAAAGAUUAAGCAAGUUUCUGAGGAUACAUACUCUGUUAUAAUUAGAUAAUUCGAUUUUUAAAAUGAAGAAUUUAAAUAAGUAGUAUUAAGGCAGUCUUCCAUCAAAUGGUAUCAUAGAAGGGCUUCCAGUAACUUGCAAUCCAAAUGUUCACUACCAAAGAACUUCAGAGUAGUUCGGAACUAUUAUAUUCAAUAGUGAUUUCGAUAGUGGUAACAUGCUUAAAGUAGAAAGAAAUUAUGAAUCUCCUGGCAACUAGUUUAAUGUAUGGAUUUCUCCAGAUGCAUAUAUGACAUAAAAAGAAAUGAAGUAUAGGACUUGGUUCUAUUUUUCUGUAACAGGAGUUCCUCAAAACAACCUUGUCUAUAUAACAAUAAAAAAUACAAAUUUUCAAUAAAAACUUUAUAGAGAGGGUCACUAACCUGUUUAUAAAUCCUCUUAUACAAACAGCUGGUAAAGAAUUGCUUAAAGCGUAGCAAAUACUGUUAUUUAGCAUGAAACUGGGAUUGAUUUUACAUUUUCUCAUGUUUUUUAAGACCCAGAAGAAGUUGUUUACUUUGCUUUUACUUAUCCUUGGUCAUAUUAAGAUAAUCAAGAUAUGCUUGACCUUUUAGAUUAAAAAUUUAUAAAUAGUCCUGACUUAUAUUAUCAUAGGACUACUCUUAUCUAAUCAAAAGAAUAUAGAAAUGUGGAACUAUUGACUAUAUCUUCUCACUCAAACAAAUUAGAAGAAAAAAUAUAAAUACCACAAGAUUAAAUUUUUCCAUUUUUAAAUUAGCCUAAUUUGUUUUCAGAUAAAAAAUAUGUCUUUAUAUCUACAAGAGUUCAUCCAGGUGAAGUACCUGGAUCUCAUGUGUUUAAUGGCAUGCUUUAGUUAUUAUUAAAUAAAGAUGAUGCAAGAUCCAAAGUAUUAAGAGAUCAUUUUGUUUUUGUAAUGAUUCCUAUAAUAAAUCCUGACGGUGUAAGCAGAGGACAUUACAGAACUGAUUCUUAGGGAUAAAAUUUAAAUAGAUUUUACAUAAAUCCAUCUUAGUAGGACUAACCUGAAAUAUAUGGAAUAAAGGAAUUACUGAUGUUCCUGAAUUCGAAGGGAUUACUUUACUGUUAUUUAGAUUUGCAUGCUCAUGCUACUAAAAAAGGUUCCUUUAUUUACGGAAACUGUAUGGAUUACAGAAGCUAAGUUGAGUCAAACUUAUUAACUAAACUGAUGUCGUUGAAUACUCCAUUUUUUGAAUUUGAUUUAUGUAAUUUUACAGAGCGAAAUAUGUAUUCUAAGGAUAAAAGUGAUGGACUUUCUAAAGAAGGAUCUGGAAGAGUAGCAUUAUACAAAUAAACAAAGAUUCCUUUUUGCUACACUCUCGAAUGCAAUUAUAAUUCUCCUAAUAAUAUAAAUACAAUGUAUCCUAGAUCUGAAAACUAUCACUUUGAAGAAAAUAGCGUUGAAAUGAACGAACUCAAUAUAAAUAUAGUGUAAAAUAAUAUAUCUUUUGAAUAAUCUCAAUCGGAGUUCCCGUAUGUUCCUUCUAACUACUCAAAUUUGGGAGAAGGUAUGCUAGAGGCACUUCUUGAUUAUAAUAAAAUCAAUCCUAUUUCUAGAUUACCGAAUAGCCCUUAUAAAACUUAUACAAAUCUUAAGAUGCAAAUGGCUUAUUAAAUAAUGAAAUCAAUACCAUAUAGAUUCGAAAACUACUUAAGAAAAGUUAUGAGGCAUAUUAACUCUUCUGACAAUGUUUUUUAAAGUUUUAAAAUACUAAAUUUAUUUGUAGAAAAAGGUUUAAAGUCUAGCUAAAUAAAUGAAACUGAAAACACUACUGUAGUUAGAAAAUCUUCUCUUUAAGGAGGCUAGUUGCUGCUUCAAAAUUAACAGCUUAAAAAAAAAACAGUAAUUAUAGCUGGAAAGCAGAGUGAGAAAGAAUAAAUUUAACCAAAAGUAAGCUAUUAAGAACUAAAGAUGGAAUUCAACUUAAAAGGAGAUAAAAUAUCAUCUGCCCCUGUAAUACCACCAUCUAAAAAGAUCAGCAUAAAACCUCCAACUAUUACUUAAAUUAAUGAAGAAAAACCACUUAAGGAGUCUGGAAAUUCGAAAAGAUAACUUGAUUCAAAAGAAAAUAAAAAGCAUGAAUUGCUAAAUUUUAAUGAGGCUGAUUUAAUUGAAACUUAAUUAAAUAAAAUGGAUUUAAAGCUGAACAGACCUUCUUAUAAAAGCUAAAUCUCUGGAGCAGGAGAUCUGAAAAUAAAUAAAGUAAUCCAAUAAGCUAAAUUAGAAGCAAACAGUAAAAAUUUUAUAUUUAAAGAUUCUUCUUAAAGUAGAAGUAAAAAUAACUCAAAGAAAAAAAUAUUUACCUAAAAAUUUUAAAUUUGAGAAAUAAUUAAUUAAAUUACCUAAAAAUAUUAAUUCACUUACCUUUUAUUUAUUUUACCUAAAUUUAAUUAUUUAUGUUUACUUGAAAAUAUGAUAAAUAAAUAUCUUUCCUUCUUUCUUUACUUGUUUACCUAUCUCUGUGUUUGUUACCUUAAAUUAUUUUAAGUUUAACCAAUAAUAUCAAA